UAUACAUCUUUUUGAUUGGUUCGGCCUCUUAUACAGCUCAAACCCAGCUAGGCAAAACAAGGGUCUAGAGAAAUGAUGACUCUGCAACUCAGCCUCUCACUCUCUUCUUCUUCUUCACAUUUCCCUGUGUUGUUUGGAACUAAUCUUCGAAUUCAGUCCAAUUCCUUCACCCCAAUUCCGCAUUUCUCGAAUUCGAAUCACUUGAAGAACUUUGGAGUUGUGGGCAAGCGUAGGGAUAGAAUCGAUUUUGUGAGAGAGGCAAGAAUUGCUACUACAUCAAGAAUCAGUUGUUCUGCGGAAGUUGGGGAGCUCAAAGAGACCGAUGAAAUUGUGAAAGAUAAAAGCGUCUCCGUCAUUCUUCUGGCUGGAGGAAAGGGCAAGCGGAUGGGGGCAAGCAUGCCAAAGCAGUAUCUUCCACUUCUUGGGCAACCGAUUGCUUUAUAUAGUUUGUACACUUUCUCACGCAUGAUUGAAGUGAAGGAAAUUAUUGUAGUUUGUGAUCCAUCUUACCACGACAUUUUUGAAGAUACCAAACAAAAUAUCAAUGUCGACCUGAAAUUUACUUUGCCUGGAAAGGAGAGACAAGAUUCUGUAUAUAGUGGACUUCAGGCUGUUGAUUUGAGCUCUGAACUUUUAUGUAUCCAUGACUCCGCAAGACCUCUGGUGUCAUCUGGAGAUAUAAAAAAGGUUCUUAAAGAUGGUUGGCGGAGUGGAGCAGCUGUACUUGGUGUUCCUGUCAAAGCUACAAUCAAAGAGGCAAAUAGUGAAUCUUAUGUAGUAAGAACUCUGGACAGAAAAACACUUUGGGAAAUGCAAACCCCACAGGUCAUCAAGCCUGAGUUGCUUAAGAAGGGCUUUGAGCUUGUAAAUAGAGAGCGCCUUGAAGUCACGGAUGACGUGUCCAUCGUGGAGCACCUUAAACAUCCUGUAUUCGUCACCGAAGGAUCUUACACCAACAUCAAGGUUACAACCCCCGACGAUUUAUUACUUGCGGAAAGGAUAUUGAAUACUAGCUAGCUCUGCAGAGUCAUCUUAGUAAUAUUCAUUCCAUUUUGGCCUUUUUUUUUUUUUUUUUGUUGGUCCUGAAUUUUAAUGUUGUUCUACUGCUGUUGACAGAUUGUUGGAUAAAAUGCAAUUUUUUUUUUUUUUAUUUUAUUUUAUAUC